GAUCUUAUCGUUUCCGGGUCAAGGCGGGGUUGAAAUCGCCCCGCUCUCCAGCUCCCCCUCCCAGACCCGCCGAGGCCGCCGCCGCAAGAGCAGCUGCCGCAGCCCCUUCCCGCUGCCCUUGCCCUCCUCCCGCCGCCGCCAUCCCGCCCGCCCGCCCCGGCUCUCUCCUCCUCCCCUCCCCCCGUCCCGCUCCCUCCGCCCGCCCCGGAGACCCGCGCACCACCCGCCCUCCCUCCUCCCGCUCCCCCCGUCCCAUCCCCUUCCCCUCCUCCGAGCGAGCGGGCAAGUGAGUGAGCGAGUGAGCGAACGUGCGCGCGCGCGCGCGCGGCCGGGCCCAGCCUCCCUGCCAGGUAAGGGCCUCGAACUACCCCUUAGUUGAUUUUCCUCCCAGCGACCAAAGAUUUGACCACUUUCAAGCCUGACUUAAUUGAAUACAGCCCAAGAUGGACACUGGUGUUAUCGAAGGAGGUUUAAAUGUCACACUUACCAUUCGCCUACUUAUGCAUGGGAAGGAGGUUGGAAGCAUCAUUGGGAAGAAAGGAGAAUCUGUAAAGAAGAUGCGUGAAGAGAGUGGUGCUCGCAUUAAUAUCUCAGAAGGGAACUGCCCAGAACGGAUUAUCACUCUUGCUGGACCCACUAAUGCCAUUUUCAAAGCAUUUGCUAUGAUCAUUGACAAACUGGAAGAGGAUAUCAGCAGCUCAAUGACCAACAGCACGGCUUCUAGCAGGCCCCCCGUCACUCUGAGACUUGUGGUACCUGCAAGCCAAUGUGGCUCUCUCAUUGGGAAAGGAGGCUGCAAGAUCAAGGAGAUAAGAGAGAGCACAGGGGCACAGGUCCAGGUGGCUGGAGACAUGUUGCCCAACUCUACUGAGAGAGCGAUCACCAUUGCUGGGAUUCCACAGUCCAUCAUUGAGUGUGUCAAACAGAUCUGUGUUGUCAUGCUGGAGUCUCCCCCAAAGGGUGUCACCAUCCCUUACCGACCCAAGCCAUCCAGUUCUCCUGUCAUCUUUGCAGGCGGUCAGGACAGGUACAGCAGCGGCAGUGCAAGCUACCCCCACACCGCCCCAUCAAUGUGCCUCAACUCUGACCUGGAGGGACCACCUCAAGAGGCCUAUACCAUUCAAGGACAGUAUGCCAUUCCACAGCCAGAUCUGACCAAGCUGCACCAGUUGGCAAUGCAACAGUCACAUUUUCCAAUGUCUCAUGGCAACACUGGAUUCAGUGGCGUUGAAUCCAGCUCUCCAGAUGUAGAAGGCUAUUGGGCAGGUUUGGAUGCGUCAGCUCAAACUACUUCUCAUGAACUCACCAUUCCAAAUGAUCUGAUUGGAUGCAUCAUUGGGCGUCAAGGCGCCAAGAUCAAUGAGAUUCGCCAGAUGUCUGGGGCGCAGAUCAAAAUUGCCAAUCCCGUGGAAGGAUCUACUGACAGGCAGGUUACCAUAACUGGAUCUGCAGCCAGCAUUAGCCUGGCUCAGUAUCUAAUUAAUGUCAGUUUAGAAAGCGCUAAACCCUCCUCCCAGGCAGCCUCCGUCACGAUCCCCGACCACCUCAGCAUCAACCUCUCUCAACCCUCCACCCCUUCUUCUUCUUCCUCCUCCACCACCACCCCCUCGCUUGCGACAGCAGGGGUCUCCGAAGCACCCUCCAGCCUCCCCAACCCUCUUCCGACCGCCCCCUGUGUCUCCAGUCUGCUUGGCAUGAAACCCGUCCCUCUCCUGGCUCUAAAUGUUGUGUCUGCUGCUAAGGGUGCCUCCACCACCUCAGCUGUGCCAUGUGUUACUAACAAACUGAAAACGGAAAAACAGAGAUUCUCUCCCUACUGAGUGUCUGCUUGUGGCCUUAGAGGAACAGCAGAUUGUUUUUCAGCAAUGGGGAUCCCAUAGAGGAGACUUGGAAGAGUUUUUUUUUUAAAACUUCAAAACAAAAGUGAGCUUUGUGAUUUCUUUAGGAUGGAGUUUCUUUUUUGCUGGCAACCUCCACUAGGUCAAAGACGAUUGAGCAAGUGUAUUAAUCAGUUUGAGUCCAGUAGUGAUCUUGAUUAUGUAGCUUGUAGCUGUUGCUUUAGUAGUUUUGUUUGCAUUGUUACAUGGAAUAAGGUGGGUGGGGAGGGAGUUGGGUGGGCAGGGAAUGCUAGGAUCCGUGAACAAAAUACGCACUUGCAAUUCCUUGGUUUAAGCUGUGCAAAGAGGCUACUUUGGCCAAACCUGUCUCAAUGUCUGUCCUUGUAAUAAAACUGUCACAGUGAGAACUGAACUAUCUGACCACAAGCUGGAUGAAUAUCACAUUGCAACCCCAGGCUAAAUGUUUUGAAAGUGUUCCGCACUGUUGCCCUGAGAUCAUAAUUAAGUAUAUAAACUCUAUCCUAUGAAGACACUGAUACCUAAUACACAAUUGUGAGGGUGUGGGCUGUAAUGGUGUGCUCUGUGUGUGUGGACCUUUUAGACCCUGCAUACUGUUUAUACGCCCUUACACUCUGUCACUUGUAUUGUAUUUAAACUGCUACCCAGCCAGCAUAUAUAAUUCACCUGCUCAGUAGAAAAAGUAAUAUUUUUGGUGCACAUACCCUCCUCCUUGUACAAACUACAGCAAGACUUCAAAAAGCUCAGGGGCUUUUGGUACCUGACUUUCUCCAUACCCAGGUUUAUCAGCCACAUAAAAAAGAACCUGGAUCAAUGUAUACAUUCUUAAUGAACAGCUGUAACAAUGCUAUGGGUGAUGCUUUCCUUGUAAGUUAUGUUCUAAAAUGGGAUUUAACAUCUGUUCAGCUUUCCAAUAUUUAGACCUUAGAAAUGGAUAGUUUAGAAGCCUAGAGAUUUAGUUUUAGAAACUUCUGUCUGUUGAUGGCGAUACUGGCCUCUGAUUAGUGUCUUUAACAUCUUAACAGAUGUUCCUUGGGGCAUAUCUGUAUUGAGAAGUGUUCAUCUGCAGAGGCUGGCCAGUUGGCUUCACUUGUCCUGGUGUUUCAGCUGGGGCAAUUGAGUCCAGCCGCUGUCUGUUUCCUCCACUAAGGGCUUGUUGAAUGCUGAGAAGAAAACUGGGCAGACAAAAUGGAUAAUGCAAUGGGGUGACAUGCUCUUGUGUUUAAGGUGGUAUUUGAUUGUUCUUUCUCUUCUUGUUUGUACCUGAAUACACUUAAUCUUUAGCCUGGGGUUGCCACAUGAACACAGCAGAUGCUUCCUUUUUGUUAGCAGUCUGAUCCUUACAGAUCUUCUAAAAACUCAUAAAAAUUCAGGCAAUAUUGAAUAAGAAAUGGUGAUAGCUGGAAUUGCUAAGAAUCUUGUGUUAUACUUUGUAUUAAAAGAAAGUUACUGGAACAAGUUUGAAAUGGUGACUGAUGGCUAGAUUCUGGGACUAUAUAAUUUCACACUUUGCAUUCAGGGAGAUGGAGGGUCUGACCUGAUUGUAUUGUGGGGGAGAGAGAGACCAUCAACUGGCUGACUUAUGCAGUUCUUUCAAACCCUUUUUCCUUCAGUAGCAGAAGUAUUUUUUAGUACUUGUUUCUGCAGUUUGACUUUCACAAUUGUAACUUUUUUUAAAAAACUGUUCUGCUCUGUAGUGUAAUCACAUUAAGUAAAAAUUGUCCAAUCUUAACCAA